AUGACAGAUCAUGAAGCUGCUUCUACUUUUGCUGUCAGCUGUUGCGGCAGCGCACGGGUACAAUAUCCUGUGCAUUCACACAGUACCCUCGAAAAGCCACUUUCAAUUAAUGAAGGGUAUCGUUGACCCGCUUGUGAAAGCUGGUCACCAGGUAACAAUGAUGACAACAUUCCCAGACACGACAUCACAAAAGAAUUUAAAGUACGUCGACGUUAGUAAUAUUAUGAAAGUUAUGCCGACAAAUGUAAAUAUGAUGGAUCGCGGCAGUCAAGACAUGAGCCUAGUUAUGGCAAUGGCAAGGAACAUUUCUCGGUUGGCGAUCGAAACGCCUGCAGUUCGGGAGAUGUUAGUUAAGGAACAGUUUGACGCUGUCGUCUCGGAGUGGUUCUUCUCGGACGUUGAUUCUGGAUACGCAGCUGUCCAGGAAGUACCAUGGAUCCUCCUCAGCGGCAUGGUGAUGCACACCCACAUAGAGCACUUAGUGGAUGCAGUUCGAUCCGUGCCCACCAUACCAGCGCUCAUGAACGACGCUGGCAUACCAAUGGACUUCUACGCACGGCUUAAGAACACAUUCGCGUACCUGUUCAUGACAUUUGCAACAUUAAAGGACUACCCCAUGGUUAAAUCCAACUAUGAUGCAUACUUUACCCCCAUCGCAAAGGCAAGAGGAGUAACCCUCCAACCCUUCGACGAAGCCGUCCACAACAUCUCCAUACUCUUUGUGAAUUCGCACCCCUCCUUCGCACCCGCGCACAGUUUACCCCCCAAUGUCAUCGAAAUAGCAGGAUACCAUAUACCAGAAGACACGCCACCGUUACCUGAGGACCUUCAACUUCUCCUCGACUCAUCAUCCCGGGGUGUGAUCUACUUCAGCAUGGGGUCUGUGCUUAAGUCUACUCAAUUACCAGAAAAGGUGAAAAAAGACAUAAUCUCGAUCUUCGCCGACCUACCUUACACGGUGCUCUGGAAGUUUGAAGAUAAGCUGGACAACUUGCCCAAGAAUGUUCACAUCCGACCCUGGUUCCCGCAGACUAGUGUACUUGCUCACAACAACGUAAAAGUGUUCAUAACACACGGAGGUCUCCUCAGCACUUUGGAGUCACUCAAGUUCGGAGUACCAGUUAUAGCGAUACCAGUGUUUGGAGACCAGCCGUCGAACGCGAUGCGCUGCGUGAGGGAGGGUCACGCGUUGAUGGUGACCUUCUCCUCGGAUAUGGGGGAAGAGUUGAGAGCAGCUUUGAAUGAAAUGUUGGGGAAUGAUAAAUACUACAAGCGCGCCAAGUACCUGUCGAAACUGUUUCAAAGUCGACCGGUGACGCCCACGAAACUCAUACAGCAUUACGUGGAACUGGCCAUUGAAAGCAAAGGUGCCCACCAUCUCCGCUCAAAGUCUCUCCUGUACUCGUGGUACCAACUUUGGAUGCUGGAUCAAAUCGGAUUACUCUUACUCAUUCUCUACAUCAUAUAUAGAGUAUUUAAGAUAAUUGGCAGUUUCUUCAAGAAAGAGAACGUCAAAAAGAAACAAAAAAGAAAUUAGGUGUAUUUUAAUGUGAACUGCCAAACCAGAGCAGUGUGGGCUUAAUUUAAAUCUUAAAAUACUUCCGUAUAGCAGAGACUUUUGCCCAACAGUGGGAAGUUUUAUAAGCGGUUAUUGUUAGAGUUAAGUUUUUUAGACCAAUAAAAAUAUUAUGUAUAAAGGAA